UUUUCUGUAUUUUAUUUGUAAAAUUCUACGCGUUUUUGCAUUGGCUUCUCUCUCCAAAUGGCUUGGAUUAUUUCUCCGCUGUUGCAACGCCAAGGGACUGGUACUGGCGCUAUUUUUUUGCUCUCUGCUUUGAUCGCGGUGAUUGUGACAGGUGACUCCGCUGCGCAGGUUUUCGACAGUUAUGGAUUAUCAUACGCAUUGAGAUCGGAACUGUCAGAGGAUGCUAUAUUGGUGGCCAACAAUGGAAUACGCGUGCCUUUCGGGAGAGCAGUAUUCAUUGAUCCUAUCAAUGAUCUGGUAAUCCAAGUACAACCGGGAGACAGAUGUAGUAUAACGGUUCUGGAUAACGACCCGCUCUCCCAGYGGCCCGGGCAGCUCUCUCCCAAAAAGUUUCCCUGUGAAUUUGGUCCCAAUGACGUAAAGUAUUCUCACUUCGGAUCCAGGAGCCCCCCGCGGGAUAGGGUGAGGCUACAGCUCAGAUAUGACACUCAUACCGACACCAUAAUCAUCCCGUUUAUGAUGGAAGUGGAGGUGAUUUUCACACAGUUGGAAGUGUUAACCAGAAACAUGCCUCUGACUGUUGACAAACUGCUUGGCACUAGUAACUCCAUUGACAGUAAGAUUCUGGAGUUCACCUAUGAUAGAAGUGAACAUCAGUGUAAAAUAACYUCUCUCUCCAGUGGCAGUGCAUUGCCCAGGUAUGGGAAGCUUGUYGAUGAGAGAAAACUUGGAAAAAUGGUGGACUGUGACGAAUUUAUUAAAAUGAAUAUACGCUAUCAGCACACUUUUYCACACAAAUCACCCAAUAGAGAUUAUUUCCCAAUGAUUGUGGAAUUACAAGAUAAAGAGGGUAAUCUGCUGAAGCAGGAGUUUUUCCAGAUGAUGGUGCGUAUAAAGGAUGGAGAGGAAAACACGGYUCCUAAACCCAGCUUCGUGGCCAUGAUGAUGAUGGAGGUGGAUCAGUUUGUCAUGACAGCCAUCACCCCCGACAUGCUGGCUGCUGAGGACAUUGAGUCUAACCCUGACAACCUUAUCUUCAACAUCACCUCCCCCCUCUCCUUCGAGGAGGGGUACAUAGUCAGUACAGAUGACCGGAACCUGCCCAUCACCUCUUUCUACCAGGGAGACCUCAAAGAACUAAAGAUAGCCUACAAGCCUCCGUCUGUGGACUCUGAGACAGAACGUAUCUUCCAGAUAGAGUUUGAGGUGGUGGACACUGAGGGAGCUGUGUCUGACCCGUUUGCCUUCAUGAUUGUAGUGAAACCUAUGAACACGCUUGCUCCAGUAGUCACCAGGAAUACGGGUCAACUUCUCUACGAGGGUCAGUCCAGACCACUGUCCAGCUCUCACAACCUAGAGGUCAGUGACGAGGACAACCUGGAUGAUGUCAYGAUCARGGUGGUCGARGGGRUGCGGCAUGGCCAGCUGACAGUGCUCGGGUCACGCAGGAAGUUCUUCACCCCGGCUGAUCUGGACGGAGGCGUGGUCAUCUARCAGCACGACGGCAGCGACACGUACAGRGACAACAUUAUCUUCCGGAUGACGGAUGGGAAGCACGAGGUGGAGUUCCUGUUUCCCCUGACAAUCGUUCCCACGGAUGAUGAGCCGCCCAUUAUCAAUGCCAACACGGGGUUAAUCCUCUUCAAGAACCAGAUGAUGCUCAUUUCGCCACUCACACUCAGCGCUGCAGACAUCGACUCUGAGGACUCCACUAUCAGGUUCGCCAUAGAGGCYCCYUUCUCGCCUAUAGGGGAGGUGCUGCUGAGGCAGUCAGAGGCCCCAGAGGACCCAUCCACCUGGAGGUUUAAUGCUGAGGAUGAGCUGUAUGAGAAAGAGGUUACAGAGUGGCUGCAGCAGGAUAUCACAGAUGGGAAGUUGUUUUACAGACACACAGGGCCUCACAGCACUGACACAGUCAUGGACCAGUUUGUAUUCCGGGUCCAGGAUGAUAAUGACCCCCCUAACCAAUCAAAACAGAGCUCGUUCAUCAUCAAGGUUCUGCCUGUGGAUGACAUCCCCCCUGAGCUGUAUCCUGGUACCACCRUCCAGAUGACCGUACACGAGUACCAGCUCACCUACUUCCGUAAGAAGUUUCUACGCUACACUGACCUGGACUCYGAGGACAGAGAUCUGAAGUACACCGUCACCCAGCCCCCYACAGACACAGACGAGAACAGCCCUGUGGUACUGGGGUCUAUUGUGUUAACAGAGAGUCCAGACACUGUAGUGACUGAGUUUACUCAGGCUCAGGUCAAUCACCAUAAGAUAUCAUACAAACCACCUGACCUGGAGCUGGGGAUCACAGCCCAUGUUCUGCAGCUCCAGUACACGGUGGAGGAUACGUCAGGGAAUACUGUCACCGGAACGUUCUCUAUAUUCCUGCAGCCUGUCGACAACAAGCCGCCUCAGAUAACCAACACUGGCUUCWCUAUAUUCGAGCGGGGAACACACAAAAUCACCAGAGCUGAGCUGGAUACUGUGGACUUAGACACGGACAGUAGCCAGAUCUCCUUCACUCUAACUCAGCCCCCUCAGCACGGCACGGUCCAGUACACCUUCACCGACCUGACCAAAGGAGACGCGUUCAACCUGUUGGACAUCGCUAACGACAGGAUCUCCUACAUCCACAACGGAGACGAGUCCACCAGCGAUUUCUUCCAGCUGGAUGUCAGUGACGGCAUCCAUGUUGUGACCAUCACCAUCAGGGUUACCGUGAAGCCCAUUGAUGACGAGACCCCGACCAUCAGCCUACCGGCCGGAACCAUCGGGUCCUACAUUGACGUCCUGGAGAACGGAGCCACUGAGAUCACGACUAAAGUCAUCCAGGGGCGGGACGAGGACACAGACGACCUSCGUUUGACCUUCAUCCUGGAGGARCCACCGGUUUUCGGGGAGAUCCUGGUGAACGGGGUCCAAUCUGGAAGCUUCACCCAGGCUGACGUCAUCAACGGACUGGUGGUGUACGCCCACACCAGRGGAGAGAUCGGCCCCACCACUAAAUACGACUACUUUAAUCUGACGCUGACAGACAUGUCUGAUGAGUGGACGGUAGGGGGCAACAGGGUCACGGGGGUCAGGGUUCAGAUCACCAUCCUCCCCAUGGACAGCCAGGCUCCAGAGGUGUUCGUAGGCCCACAGUUCACUGUCGUAGAGGGAGAGAAGAAUGUGAUUGAGAUUUUUCACAUUAGCGCUGAUGAUAUGGACACUCCUAAUGACGACCUGCUUUGUACCAUCAUCGUCCAGCCCACGUCAGGCUACGUGGAGAACAUCUCCCCGGCCCCAGGCUCAGAGAAGUCCAGGUCUGGGACAGCGAUCAGUGCAUUCACCAUCAAGGACAUCAGACAAAACCACAUCUACUACGUCCAAAGCAUCCAUAAAAGAGUGGAGCCGGUAGAGGACAGGUUCACGUUCAGAUGCUCUGACGGCAUCAACUUCUCCGAGAGACAUUUCUUCCCCAUUGCUAUCAUCCCGUCCAACGAUGAGAAGCCAGAGAUCUAUAUGAGGGAGUUUGUCGUCAUGGAAGGGAUGAAUAUCGUCAUCGACACACCCAUCCUGAACGGAGCCGACACGGACAUCCCCUCGGACGAACUCACUUUCAUCAUCACCAAACCACCAAAGCACGGCUUCAUCCUCAACCAGCUGARKACCGGCACCGUCACAGUCACCAACUUCACCCUGGACCAGAUCAGGGAAGCCUCCAGUAUAGUGUAUGAACACGAUGACUCGGAGACCAAGGAGGACAGCUUUGACUUAAUCCUGACGGACGGUAAAUAUACCGUGGAYAAGACCAUCAUUGUUAUGAURAURRCUGUAGAUGACGAGACACCCAGGAUGGCCAUCAACGACGGUCUGGAGAUAGAGAUAGGAGACGUUAAAGUGAUCGAUAACAACGUUUUAAAAGCCACCGACCUGGACUCUGAGGAUAGUACURUGACGUACGUUGUUCGCUARGGGCCYGGCCAGGGGUUGUUACAGAGGAGAACCCCUUACGGGACYUUAGAGAACAUCACAGUGGGGAUGAACUUCACCCAGUACCAGGUGGACCAGGCUCUCAUCGUCUAUAUCCACAACGGGCAGGAAGGAAUCCGGGACCUUAUCAAGUUUGACGUGACGGACGGGAUCAACCCUCUGAUCGACAGGUACUUCUACGUGACGGUGGGCGGCAUCGACAUGGUGUUCCCUGACGUGGUCAGUAAGGGGGUCUCUCUGAAAGAAGGCGGUAGAGUAACGUUGACCACAGACCUGCUCAGCACCAGUGACCUCAACAGUCCCGACGAACACCUGGUUUUCACCAUCACCAGAGCCCCACAGAGAGGCCAUCUGGAGUGUACCGACGGCCCUGGAAUGCCCAUCUCUUCCUUUACCCAGCUCCAGCUAGCUGGGAGCAAGGUGUACUACAUCCACACGGCCGAUGAUGAGGUGAAGAUGGACAGCUUUGAGUUCGAGGUCACCGARGGUUACAACCCUGUGUUCCGCACGUUCCGUGUCUCCAUCACCGACGUGGACAACAAGAAACCGGUUCUAACGGUUCACAGCCUGGUGGUUAACGAGGGAGAGAACAAACUCAUCACGCCCUUCGAGCUGACCGCAGAGGACCGCGACACGGCUGACCCCCUCCUGAAGUUCACGGUCACCCAGGUCCCUGUCCACGGUCGCCUCCUCUUCAACAACACCCAUCCCGUCACCUCCUUCACCAAACAAGACCUGAACGAGAACCUCAUCAGCUACAAACACGACGGUACUGAGUCCUCCAAGGAUUCCUUCUCCUUUACCGUGACUGACGGGACGCACACCGACUUCUACGUCUUCCCAGACACCGUGUUCGAGACGCGGCGCCCCCAGAUGAUGAAGAUCACGGUCCUGUCGGUGGAUAACGGSGUGCCCCAGAUCGUGGUGAAUAAAGGGGGGCCCACCCUGAGGGUGUUAGAGACGGGUCACCUGGGGUUCCUCAUCACCUCUAAGACUCUUAAGGCCGAGGACAGGGAUAGUCUUCAGCUAUCUGUCACCUUUAUGAUCACCGUGGGACCAGAACAUGGAUACCUCAUCAACCUGGGUACAGGCAACACUACCGUCACCACAUUCACUCAAGCUGAAAUUGAUGACAUGAAGAUUUGCUACGUGCUAAGAGAUGGUCACAAUGCUACGAGCGACAUCUUCUUUUUCUCCAUUGAGGACAAUGGAGGCAACAGGCUGAAGAACCAGGUGUUCAGGCUGAACUGGGCCUGGGUCUCCCUGGAGAAGGAGUACUAUGUGGUGGACGAGGAGGCCAAGUAUCUGGAGGUGGUCCUCAAACGACGAGGAUACCUGGGAGAGACAUCCUUCGUCAGCAUCAGCACCACCGAUGGUACUGCGGAGAAGGAUAAGGACUUCCGUGGUAAAGCCCAGAAGCAGGUCCAGUUUAACCCAGGUCAGACCACGGCCACAUGGAGGGUGAGGAUCCUGCAGGAUGGAGUGUACGAGCAGUCUGAGACCUUCCAGAUUGUUCUGUCAGAACCUGUCAUGGCUGCCCUGGAGUUCCCUGACACAGCCACUGUGGAGAUCCUCGACCCAGCUGAUGAGUCGACAGUGUUCAUCCCGUCUGCAGUCUACCCUAUAGAGGAGGACAUUGGGAGCUGCUGAUCCCAGUGCGCAGGAGUGGUGAUGUCACACAGGAACUCAUGGUCAUCUGCUACACACAGCAAGCCACAGCUACAAGGGACCAUCCCCUCUACAGUCCUGUCCUACUCUGACUACAUAUCCAGACCUGAGGAACACAACAGUGUCCUGCGCUUCGAUAAGGGCGAGACGGAGAAGUCCUGUCGU